AUGAGACGCAUUGUUGCACAUAUUGAACGCAAGACGAGCAAAUUCAAAACAAAACUGAAGUCUGCUGCCGCAUCAGAUGUUCUCGGCACUAGUACUUUACCCUCUCUAAGCGAAGCGCUAAAGACACUACAAGAUGGCGCAGGGGUGUUUCCACCUUUGCAGGCUGCAAUAGGAGGUCUGGUAGCCUGUGUGGAACGCAUAGAGCUCGAUUCGAAGCACCGUAGCGAGUUCGAGAGUCUAGCAAGAAAGCUGACCUCACUCAGCACCUCUCUGAACCGCCACAUAAAGACAUCCAAAUCGACUCAUGUCUCCGAGUUCCUUGAGAGAAUGGCAGCGUCCGUCGAAGAGCAAGUGAACAUCAUUAGCAGUAAACAGGACCGUGGAAUAGGAGGUCAUUUUAGGCAGGCCGAACAGGACGAGAAGGAUAUCAUCGAGGGAUACAGGCGCAUAGCCGAGAUCCUAGAAGAGUUACAGGCGAGUACAAGCUUGAAGAUGUGGAGCAUAGCCGAAAAACAGCUGGCGGACUCGCGGCUCGACGCGUUGUCGCCCGUUCACGCUGCGGCUUACAACUCGUCUCUGUCCGAAGAGGUUAAUCGCCGAAGCUGCACCGAAGGGACCCGGGCAAACAUCCUGCUCGAGCUCAAUGAAUGGUCACUCGACCCGUCCAAGCCUAACAUAUUCUGGAUGAAUGGCAUGGCAGGCACAGGAAAGACCACAAUCGCAUAUACCUUUGCUCAGUCUCUAUGGGCACGCGGGGCACUUGGUGCGAGCUUUUUUUGCACGCGUACGUCGGAUGAGUGUCGGGACGUCCGGAGAAUCGUCCCUGCAAUUGCGUAUCAGCUUGCGCAGUGCUCGCCUGCGUUCCGAUCGGCGGUGCUCAGUAUGUUGGAGCAAGAUCCCAAUAUCAAGUCGCAAUCGAUCACCAGUCAGUGUGAGCGACUAAUCAAAGAGCCGCUAUCGCAAGUCAAGAGCAAAAUGACGAAAGAGCUAGUGGUGGUGAUCGACGCAUUGGAUGAAUGUAGCAGCGCGGACGGAGUGGGGAUUAUACUUGACGUACUCUUCAGGGUCGCUCCCAACCUGCCUGUGAAGUUCUUCGUGACCAGCCGACCCGAGCCAGACAUCCGCCUCAGAGUAGAGGCCCAUUCCGAUCAGAGACGCUCAAUGUGCGUGCUGCAUGAUAUCGAGCAGUCGCUAGUGAAGGCCGACAUCAAGUUAUACCUCCGUGACGAGCUUCCAAAGAGCGCUGUCUCUGAAUCCCAUAUGACCCAGCUUGCAAACCUCUCAGGUAGCCUAUUCAUAUAUGCAGCCACAGUCGUUCGGUACAUUCGUAGAAAAGGGAACAAGAUCGACCUGGAUCGGCUUGAAGUCGUUCUCAGCUCAUCCUCGAAAUCGGGCUACCAAAACGCCGACAUUGACCGUCUGUACACUACCAUUCUAGAUGCUGCAAUCGAUGACCCAGAACACGAACCGGAAGAACAAGAACAGAUGCGACUCAUGCUCUGGACGGCAAUCUGCACGCGAGAGCCCGUGAAUAUCGAUACACUCGCAGCAUUAACUGGGAUUACGGCGACGAAGGCGGACAUACUUCUCCAACCACUGUACUCUGUCCUGCAUGUGUCCCAAGGUACCAACGUGGUGUCGACGCUGCAUGCAUCCUUCCCCGACUACAUGUUUGACGAAGCACGGUCGGCGAGGUUCUACUGCGACGAGGCGAAGCAUAGCCACUUAGAAACGUCUUUCAUAGCCGAUAACCAAGUGGAAGACCUGGAAGCUCGAAUAGCUAGGUCAAUCUCUCCGACGCUGUCGUAUGCAGCGCAUCAUUGGGGAGAUCACGUUUCGAGGAGCGUUCCUUGCGAGGUGGUACGGGCGAAGUUAGAAGAUUUUCUAUCGCAUCGGCUGCUAUUCUGGAUGGAGGUACUAAGUCUCAAGCGCACGACGAGUACAGGGAUCAAUACGCUGUCAAUAGUCAAGUCAUGGUUGGUUGCGAAAGGCGGAUCACCAGAUUCUAUCAAGUUCCUUGACGACGCAUGGAUCUUUGUGUCAACAGUUGCUGCGGGAUCGGUGUCGCAGUCGACACCGCAUAUAUACAUCUCAGCACUGGCAUUUUGUCACCCGUCAAGCUCAGUAUACAAGCAGUACAGAAGUAGUGCUCGGGGGCUGCUAUCACUGACGGGGUCUGCAAUAGAACACCAGUCGGCACUUCUUGCAACAUGGGGAAUGGAAUCGUCACCUAUAUCCCUAGUACCGUCACCUGACGGGAUUCGAUUUGCAAUUGGAUUUGAUGAUGGCGCGGUUUGCGUGGUUCAUGCUCACAACGGAGCGGUUGUCCUUGGACCCCUCGAGGGACAUACCGAGUGGGUUAGAGAUUUAGCUUUUUCUCCCGACGGAUCUAUGCUUGCCUCAGUCUCCGGCAACGGCACCAUCCUUGUCCGGGACGCGCAGACGGGCAACCGCAUAUAUGACGUCAUCAAGGGGCAUGAAGGAGUGGUGACGUCAGUGUGCUUCUCACCCGAUGGUAAGUGCAUCCUCUCAGGGUCCGGUGACCGGACAACGCGGAUGUGGGACAGUGGCAACGGCAGUCUCAUACCCAACUCCAUCAAACGCCAUCCUUCCUCAGUCAACUGCACGGCAUUCUCUCCUGAUGGCAAGCAUAUCGCAUGUGGCUUGGGUAGCGGCGAGUCUCCCAUUGUUGUUUACAACGCGUCCACCAGCAAGUCACUCCCCUUUUCAUUCGAUGCUAAUCAAUCCUCCGUCUAUUCAAUCGCCUUUUCGCCCAACGGAAACAACCUUGUCACUGGCCAUAGAUCCGGUGAUCUGCGCGUCUGGAGUCUCCACAACGGCACCGCCACACACUCCCCACCCAAAGUACACAACGAGGGAAUCAGAUCCAUUGGGUUUUCGCCACUCGGAGACAAACUCGUCACUGGCUCUUAUGAUAGGUGCGUGUAUAUAUGGGAUGUAGAGAACGGCUACUCCAACCCUUGCCUACUUGGCACACACGACCAUUGGAUUUCCUCCGCGGCGUUCUCACCCGACGGCACACGAGUCGCAUCAUGCUCAAGGGAUGGCGUCAAGAUGUGGAAUCCACUCCACUCGACAUCCUCUCACACGCCGAAAUGGAAUGCGCCAACCCAGGCUGUUUUGUCGGUUGCGGUCUUACCUGAUGGGUCACGCAUCGCCGCAGCGGGUUAUGACAAUGCAAUCUAUAUGUUCAACGCGCGCAAUGGCACUGCCACCGUCGAGCCACUUGUGGCACACACCGAUUGGGUCAGGUCGAUGGCAUUCUCGCCCAAUGGCAGGUACCUUGCAUCCUGUGGCGAUGACCGUGCCAUCUGUCUAUGGGAUGGCACGAGCGGCAAGCUGCUAUUCGGUCCACUUCAAGGGCAUCAAGACUCGGUUCGGUCGAUUUCAUUCUCACCCGAUGGCAAGCGCAUUGUCUCUGCCUCGGAUGACAAGACCAUACGAAUGUGGGAUGUGGGCGAUGGGACUCUGACGGCUAUCGACCUGGUUGGGACACACGAGGACAUGGUCUAUUGUGCGACAUUUUCUCCUGACGGCGGGCACAUUAUUUCUGGCUGCCGAGAUGGGAAGAUCCGUAUGUGGGACUCGCAUUCGUUGUCACUCGUGUUCGAUCCAUUCGGGUCACAGUGGCAUAAGGGCAGUAUCUACCCGGUCACGUUCUCGCCUGAUGGCCAACUUGUUGCUUCUGGGUCCGAUGAUGGCACCAUCUGCGUGUUCGACUCCCGCAGCGGCGAUCUGGUACUAGGUCCUCUCAAGCGACACGAACGAUCGGUUCAGUCAGUUGUGUUCUCACCCGAUGGCAGUCACAUCGUAUCUGGCUCGUUUGAUGGAAGCGUUCGGGUGUGGGUGGUGAAAGAUGGAGCGCCUGCAUGCGAGCCACUUCGAGGUCAUCAAGAUGGGGUUAACUCAGUGACAUAUUCACCCGACGGUAGAUAUAUUGUCUCAGGCUCAGACGACUCGACGGUCCGAGUAUGGAAGGCACCAGGAGGGGGCGUUGUAUCUGACCUAUCACAUUCUACUCCUUCCGCAUCAGAUGAGAGGCAAACACAUCGCGCAAUCGCUGGCGGGCUGACUGUGUCGAAGGACGGGUGGGUACGAAACCGCGACUCACAACUGCUAUUUUGGGCUCCAUCCGAUGUACGGAGAGUAUUCCCAAGUGUCGGACAGGUCUACACCAUCGGACCUGAAGGCACACUGCACACGGACUACAGCCAGCCCCUGUUCCUCGGCGACGACUGGCAUCGAUGCUAUGUGAGUUGA